GCCCCCGAGGGCUCGGGGGAGGUACCAACGCCUGCGUGCCCCGGCGGCGGGUUGUGUUAUUGCCUUCGGGGAACGUUGAGAUGGUUAAUUAAUUAAUUAAUUAGUGGCUCUAUAGGGUUUGAGUAGCAGUAACCGUAGAAGUCGGCCCGGCCGUGGCUGUGUGCAGGUGGGGCACGCAGAAUCACAGAAUCAUUACGGCCGGAAAAGACCUCUAAGAUCACCUCAGUCCAACCAUCAGCCCGUCAGCACCGUGCCCACUGACCGCGUCCCUCCGUCCCACAUCUCCACGUUUCUUCAACACCUCCAGGGUCAGUGACCCCUCCACCUCCCUGGGCAGCCUGUGCCAAUGCACCUCCAGGACAAUCGCUUUUUAAUUUCCAACCUGAACCUCCCGUGGUGCAACUUAAGGCCAUUCCCUCUCAUCCUACCACUGUUACCUGGGAGGAGACCUGUUACCUGCACACAGCUCCUUUCAGGGAGCUGUAGAGCAAUACGGUCUCCUCUGAACUUCCCCUUCUCCAGACGGAACAAUCCCAGCUCCCCCAGCUGCUCCUCAUAAGACCUGUGCUCUGCCACAUUAGCAGUGCUGUGAGCUCUGGCAGCAGUGACAUUUAGGCUGGCACAGUGUAAGCACCAGGAGGAGCACACAGCAGAGAGAGACGUCAGCAAAAUUCUGCUGCCGAUUUCCACGCUUGUAAUGCUUUGUAGCUAAUGAUGCUUUUAAUAAUCUUAAAUAAAUACAAUUCUACUCCUCAUUUUCUUCCCAUGUGGUUAUGGUAUAGAUCUCGGUGUCAUUUGAGCGAGACAAUUAAACCUCUGGUGAAACAUUAGCUUUGCAAUAGAUAUAGGAUUACCUUCAGCAGAAAGAAGCACCACGGCGCUGCAGGGUAACGAAGCCGAUGCUUGCAACCAUUUCAGGAUGUUGUCGCAGCAAGAUGUAUUUUUGGACUUGAUUUUUAACCAUACAGUUUAAUUUCUGGAGCUUCAAAAUACAAUGAAAUGUAUUUUGAAACACCUGCUGUUCAGUUGUGGAUUUCGGAGCAUCAGGAAAAAAUGAGAACGUGCCUAAUUGCUGCAGAGAGGCCUUGGAGAUGAGUCCCUGAGACCACUAGGAUGCCCGGCUGCUUUAAAAAGACUUUAUUUGCCUUGGCUUCUGUAAUAAGUUUUGCAUCUUUUAUCUUGAUUGUUGUCGCAAUGGGGACCCCGAAGUGGAUGACUGGGAAGAUCCUGUGCAAAACAGGGGCUGAAUUGGUCAAUGCCACAGACCCGGAGCUGGUCAAGUUCAUUGGAGAAAUUUACUAUGGACUCUUCCGAGGUGGCAAAAUACGUCAGUGUGGGCUGGGCGGGCGUCGCUCCAAAUUCUCAGUUUUCCCACAUAUGGUGAAGAAACUGAAUACAGGCCUACAUGUGAUGAUAAUAAUGUUCCUUUGUGUGGCCAUUUCCUUUUCUCUGGUCAGUUUUGGAUUCUGCAUUCUUAACGCAAUAAAAGUUCCCUACCGGGCUAUUAAGGGUCCAGCAGGAAUAUGCCUUUGGAAUUUCCUUGCAGGUGGAUUCGUAGCUCUUGCAGUCACCGGCUUUAUGGCUGCUGUGAAACUUCACCGCCUCACAGAAAGGAUCGCCAAUUUUCGGGAAAACGUCUUUCAGUUUGUUAUCUUAGAAGAACAGUUUGAGGAUUGUUUCUGGAUUUGCGUGGCAGGCGCCGCAGCACACGCAGUGAAUUUGCUGCUUAUAGCCAUUAGUUGUAUUAAUUUCCCUAAAAUUAAGACUAAAACAGAAGAGGCAAAUGUUACAGCCGAAGAUAUCAUGUACUAAUAAAUCUGCGUAAGAUUUCUUUGGUGAAGAGAAUUGUCAUGUUAGAAAUGGCUUCUUGGCUUUUCGGCUUCUGCCUUGGAUGGAGAACUUUGGUUUAGACAUGAGUAAAGAUGCCACGUGUGAAAUUCUGCAGUGUGUCUUAAGGUCAGUCUACAGCACCAGCAAUCAGCACACAUGGGAAAGCAGGAUGAACAAAUACUACAAAUAUCAUUUUCAAAAAUGGGCUGUAUGUGCAAUAUAUGCUGCUGGCAGUUCUGAGAAAAUUUACAUUUUAAAUACUUCAGAAAAAUAAGGUGAAAAAUAAUUUCACCUAAACCAAAUGUCGUUUUUUGUUUAGAAAGCAAAUACGUUCAUCAUAAACCUUUGAUAACAUAGGAUUGUUACAGAACAAAAAGACUGGGUGUUUGCCAGUCAGCUUCUCAGAAUUAUCUGGGAAUGUCUAAGAGAGCCAUCUAGGACAUGUCUGAUGAUGGUAAACUGCAUUGAAGAAGGAGACCUCACUACCUGUGGGGCUAAACUUAGAGGGAAGCACAGGCUACAGGUGUAUGAUAGUGUUUAAAAACAGAAAUUAUCAAACUCCACAAAGUAAAGAAGUGAGAAGAGUAAAGUUUAUGGGAUGCUGGUAGGCUGUGAAUAAAUGACUGGCUGCAUGACGAAGGUUUCAUUGCAAGUUCUGGAAGUAAAGCAAAUAGAAUCCAAGUAACAGUGCUUUUAAAUGAUCUGAAAAGUGUAGUGUUAGUGAUCUUCAACCUCCUGUCAAUUCCUGCUUCUGUCUGAAAUCAAGCAAAAUAAAUAUAUGAUGAAAGAGGACGAAAAUGAAUAAAAAUGGUUACAUGGAUGGAAGGUACCAGGAAGUGCCCUAGUUCUGACAGGCAUUUAAGCAGUUCUUGCACCACAAAUAGUUAAUAUUUCAGUGAAAAGAAUAUACCAUUAAACAUGUCCUUUUUUUGUUGUUGUUUGUUUCGUUUUUUGCUUUAAUUACUAUAGCGUAUAUAUAUUACUUUUUUAGCAAUAGGAACUACAGAUAACUUCUGAAUUUCUUUGAAUGAAUGAAAGAAGACAUUAUCUAAGUUAAUGUCAGUGAAUUAUUUUGUAGUCAGUUGCACUUUGUCAGACCAGCAGGUUGUGUGACUCCAUUCCUGUGACAAGUUCUUUGUAAAAGAUAGUAACAUCUGUAGGAUUCAAAGUGUUUUUAGAACAUCUCAAGAUAUUAAAAACAAAACAAAACAAAACAAAUUAUUUUUUUCACUUGAAAACAUCUCUUCACAAAAAUAGUGUUGUAAGGGUCAUUUUCAGAAGUGCCUAACACUGUGUUUUAUGUACCCAAAUAACUGGUUUUUAUCACCGAAUUGUGCAGAACACUCAGUAAAGCAAGUUACCAGAAUAAGCUGAUAUUUAACGUUUUUGCUGACUAAGCUGCUUAUGUAGAUAUUUAAAUGAGGAUAACUCAGCUUAAGUCAAUGAGUUUGACAUCUCUGACCCAGAUACUUAUUUUCCUCCCUCUUUGUACUCUAUUUACAUCUAAAGACCAAUGAAAACAGCUGUCUUACGAAGAAAAUUCUACUUCCAGUUGGUAUUCUUAUAAAAUACAUUUUGCUAUCAUACACAGCAGGCUGAAGCCACUGAAUGCUGCAGCAGUUUAUGUGCACACUCUGCAUGAGGUAAGAAAUUGAAACGAUUCAAUUCGUCUUCAGCACAUACUCGGCGUGACCAGCAGGCAUUUGGAAAGGCAAUAUCACAGUUUCAAAGGAGAUGUCAUAAGCCAAAGUCAAUCUAUGGUUGUACUGAGCAGUCUGUCUGUUACUGUGUGCUACACCAUCUCUGGUUUUGACCUUUGACUACAAGGUCAGCAGGAUUAUGAGUGGAGAACUUUGCGCACCUGCUGCUGCAACAGGCAUUAAUAAUCUCUUUUCUUCAGUGCAGUGUUAGCCACUCUUUUUUUGUUGUUGUUGUUUUUGUUUUUGUUUAGGAGCACAAUAAAUAAAUAAAUAAACAAAUAAUAUGGGGCGGUUUCAAAGUUUUGGUAAGUCCGAAGCACUACAAAAAAAGAUUCCUAAUUUAUACCACUUACCUCAGUGCUCUAAUUUCACUGGUGUUCUCAUCCAGACUCUACACUGAGUCACAAGGGCAGGAGGAUGGUGCCAUACCCUGUCCAUGGGGAGGCAGCAGGUCAACCCCUUCUGUGACGGUGCCUGUAGUGCUAACAGCACAGUGCUUCUAUGGUACCACCACCUUCCCUGCCCAGAAAAUUCAGAGUGGCUCUGAAAUGCAAGACCUUAAACUGACAGAUAACCACGCAAACAGAAAAUGAAAUGCUUGUCAUCUGUAAAUGUUCUGUGUGCAUAUAAUUUAGAAGUAGUUGUACAAAAAUAGUUAUAUUGUAAGAUAUAACUUAGCCUCCACUAAAUGCAGUUCUCUCUAGGAAGUGAAAAGGAAGCAGAUUAAGGGGUGCACUAUGCUGAAAGAUAACUUUGGCAGUGCUUUUCAGUAGUAUUAGUGUGUAUGUAUUCCAAAACAUUUUUCUUACUGCCAGUGAAAUGUGUAAUGCCCCCAAGGCUUCCUCAACAAUGAUCAUUUAAACUGUUACUGAAUAAGAGCUGUGGGACUACUUACUCGGGUAAUGGCAAGACUGCUGGACUGCUGAACUGGAUUCCUUGGCAGGUUGCAGCAGCUCUGAAAGAACCAUUAGAGAGCACUGUGUGAGUAAAGGACAGCUGUGCUGACCAGCUUUUGAAUCUUGUUUUGAAUCUACUCAACAGUGGAGCACACUCUGCAGUAAUGGUCCAAAAGAUGUCUGAUGCCAGAUCUGUGAAACAUUUCUGAAUCUUACUGUGGGAUGUUGUAGCUUCCUGAGCUCAAUGAUGAAAUAGCAUUACCAUCCAAUUACUGCUUGUGAGAAAACAGUAUUUUCAGUUCUCUUUAGAGCAAACAGAAGUAUUUGCAUGAAUCAAACUGAAUUGAACAUAUAUAAGGCUAAAUUAAUGUUUCAGCUGCUCAGGUUGUCACAGUUAAGCACAGCUGAGAUACACUGAUGGGAAAAUACAUAGAAUGUUUACCCUUCUGUUCCCUGUUGGAAAAAAAAAAAAGGUUAAAUACAACCACACGUAGUUAAGCUGUAUAAUUACAAAGCAAUCCCUAAGGUUAGCGAUGGCCAACACUACCAUUUAGGCCUUUUCAGCUGUCCCUUUUACAUCCUAAAACACUUUCAGAAAAUCUGGAACUUGAUAUAUAAAGAGUGAUUUACAUCAGUUACACAUUUUAGCUAUGCUUCACAUAGAGAUGCGUGCUCGACAUGUGGAAAUGAAGGCUUCUUUUGGGGGACUUUUUAUUCUGGAAGAUUUGAAGCCCCAAAUGGGUAGAUUUAUGAGGUAUCUGCCAUUUGUGAAGUGUUUGUCCAGAACUUCAAAGAGAUUACACGUCAAAUCCUAUUCUUCCAUAGAAUUAAAGACUACUUCAAAUGCUGUGAAAACAGUCAUUCAUAUCCCUGCAGAGUAUGGAGAUGCUCCGUGAAGGAGGUAGGGAAGCUAAGGGGCCAUUCCUCAAAGAACGAAGAAACUAUUAUUUGUAUAUAAGAACCUCUCCAAAAUAAACAAAGAUAAGAACUAACCACUGCUUUGAUUCUGUAUUAAUGUUAUGAUUUAACAUUAAAAAUGGAUGCA